GGAAAAGGGAAUUUGAGAGCGGACUCUGGUUCUACCUCCCAAUUCCCAAACCAAAUACCAAGUACAGAAUCUGCACGAAACAAAGGUGAUCGCUUCCUUCCUCCUCAUUCCACCGAGAAGAUGAACGGUGGUCCCUCCGGUUUCCACAAUGCCCCAGUCACAAAGAUUUUCGUUAUUGUUUGUGCUAUUUUCACCAUCUUCUUUGGGAUCCGUGGCCGUUCCAACAAUCUUGGUUUGUCCUAUGAGGAUAUUUUUGGAAGGCUUCGUAUCUCAAAGUUAAUUGGAUCUAUGUUUGCCUUUUCCUCUACCCCAGAACUGAUGUUUGGACUGUAUCUGCUAUACUACUUCAGGGUCUUCGAGAGACAGAUUGGUUCUAAUAAGUGCGCGGUUUUCAUCUUGUUCUCGUUAAUGGUUUCAUUCCUCUUUGAAGUUUUGGCUCUAGCUUUCCUUAAAGAUCCUACAGCUAACCUGCUCACUUCUGGACCAUAUGGCCUUGUAUUUGCUUCCUUCAUACCAUUUUACCUGGACAUCCCAGUUUCAACAAGGUUCCGUGUGUUUGGUGUUCAGUUCUCUGAUAAGUCUUUCAUAUAUCUAGCUGGUCUUCAGCUUCUUCUAUCAUCUUGGAAAAGGUCCAUCUUGCCAGGGAUCUGUGGCAUCCUUGCUGGUUCUUUAUAUCGUCUAAACUUCUUCCGCAUCCGCAAGGCAAAGUUCCCUGAGUGUUUUGCAUCAUUCUUUUCACGGCUUUCAUGGCCUUCUGUGGGUACUUCAGCAGCACCAACUAGGAAUGUUGGAACUGCACCAUCCUACACAACUCACCAAGUGGAGAGAACCUAUCCUUCUCCCAUGCCUUCAGCCAUAGGGCCACCAGAGGACUCCAUUUCAACACUGGUAUCUAUGGGCUUCGACAGGGACUCAGCCAGGCAGGCACUGGUUCAUGCCGGAAAUGACAUCAAUAUGGCUACAAACAUCCUUCUGGAAGCGCAGUCUCACUAAUUCAAUUCAGAUGUUACUAUUGAAAGUCUCAUGCAGAUAGGUAUUUCCUCCUAUAGACGCAAGGACAAAACAGGUGUUCAUUUUGAUGACAAGACUGAUUUGUCUAGUGGAAAUCUUUUUGGCUGGCAUGAUAUCAUCUGAGGAUCAUUCCUCCCUUCAUUUUGUCUUCUUCUUUUUCGGUUGUAGCUAUCAACUUCAGGACUAGAAUCUAUGUAGCAGCAGUGUGACUGAAAACUAGGAGUUUGUAAAAUUGUUUACCCAACAAUCAUGCCUUUGAAAGACUCAGGCCAUAUAUAGACCCUUUUUCAGAUGCUGAGCGUGUUAAUUGCUGCAAACUUGUAAAUGGUAUGUUUUGGAUGGCUCAUUUAAGGCUAGCCCUACCUAUCUGAAUACACAUUAACAUUUUGAAUGCACUGCAUUUUUCCCUUCA